AAGAAGGGAGGGAGGUCGAGGGGAGGACAAGGGAGAGAGGGAGGGAGGGUUUGUCUAUAUAAGGACGAUGGACAGAGCUAAAAAAAAGGGAAGGAGAGAGGAAGUGUGUGCUAUGGUGCAGAGGGAGAGUUGCUUUGGAAUGCUAUACGCUGCUGCACUGUCCAGGAAGCCAGCCAGGACAUCCCUCCCCCUCUGUGUGUGUGAAUAAACGUGCCUUGGUGUGUGGGAGUGAAGUUAGUGGGUGUAGUAUAGGAGCUUGUGUGUGUGUGUGUGUGUCUACCCGUGUGUGUGUGUCGGCCCGUGUAGUGGGUCAUGCUGUGUUGCGAUGUGAGAGGUGGCGUGCGCCGCUGGCUCACGCUGGUCAGCGGCAUGGUGGAGUGCCUGUGCUUCUCGGGGGCCGUGUUCGGCUGGGCCUCGCUGGUGGUGGUCCUGAAGAGCGGGGGCUACUUCAGCUCGCUGUGUGUCAACGGCACGGGGCUGAACGGCACCGCCGCCAACGGAACCCAGGAACUAGACUGCAGCGGCCAGGACCAGCAGCUCUCCCUGGUCUUCACCAUCGCCGCCUUCGUCAACAACUUCCUGACGCUGUCCAACGGCUUCCUGUUCGACCACUUCGGCACCACCGUGUCUCGGCUGUUCGGCAUAUCACUGUACACCACAGGCGCACUGUUCGUGGCCUUCUCCAGUCCAGCUCUCUCCGUUCUGCUCUACCCCGCCCUCUCCUGCAUCGCCAUGGGGGGCAUCAUGCUCCUGAUCACCAAUAUGCAGGUGGGCAACCUGUUCGGCUCCCAGCGCUCCACCAUCAUCACGCUCUACAACGGGGCCUUCGACUCUUCCUCGGCCCUCUUCCUCGUCAUCAAGCUGAUGUAUGAGUCGGGCGUCUCUCUCAUGGUGUCUUUCGGCUCGCUUGCGGCCUGCAGCGUUAUUCACCUGGUCAGGACCUUCCUGCUUCUGCCUGGAGGCCAUAUCCCCUACCCACUGCCCCCCUCAUACACAUAUGGCGUGACCUGCCGUAAAUCUGAAGCUUUUAGUCCCGUCACCGUGGACGAGGCCCCCCCGGUCCAGGCGAAGAGCUUCUGGAAGUGUGUUUUCUCCAGGCUCUUCAUGUUCCAGCUGCUGUGGCUGUCAGUCAUGCAGCUGAGACAUUAUCUGUUUAUCGGCACCCUGAACCCCACGCUGCAGAGGCUGGCUAAGGAGGAUCCCUCACUGGUGAGCCAGUACACCAAUGCCUUCGCCAUCACCCAGCUGUGCGGAGUGCUGUUCGCUCCCUGGAACGGCCUCAUCAUGGACCGACAGAAGAGCAGGCCCCGGGCUGCAGGGGAGACGGAGUCUGAGUCUGAUCUGCGUGCGGCUGUGCUCUCUCUGGCCCUGACCGCUCUGCUCAGCGUUCUGUUCUCAGUGAGCGCCUCCGUCCCCCUGCUGCCGCUGCAGUACCUCACCUUCAUCCUGCAGGUGCUCAGCCGCUCCUUCCUCUAUGGGGGCAACGCCGCCUUCAUCAGCAUCGCAUUUCCAUCAGUUCACUUUGGAAAGCUGUACGGCCUGAUCAUGGCUCUGUCGGCUGUGAUCUCCUUGCUGCAGUACCCGUGCACCAUACUGAUCAAAGUGUGGCUUGGAGGAGACCCGUUCUGGGUGAACGUGGCCCUGAUAGUGCUGUGUCUGACAGCCUUCAUUCAUCCUGUCAGCGUUCGCCUGCACUGUCGCAAGCUGGCCUCCCAGAGGUGCUAGACGGCAGGGGACCUCGUAUGAAUGGACUCCCUCUCUCCCCUCUUAUCCUCUCCUCUCCUUUCCUCUCAUCCUCUCCUCUUCCUUCCCCUCUUCUCCCCUCAACACGCACAAUUCAUGGGCAAAACCAGGCAGCCAAAACCAGGCGGUUACGCAGCGACAUGACAACAUUGUUUCUGACUGGAUUAUGUGGGGCAGAAUGCUGUGUUUUACCCACAGAGGAAAUACCAUGUAUUUUCAUAUUUUAGUCAAUAUUAUACAAAUAUUUUGAUACUGUGAGCCAACACCACAUUAGAAAUGUGCAAAUGUUUCACAAAUGUUUACUUGAAACCAAGCUAAUUUGUUAUUCCAAUAUAUUGUAUUUAGCCCAUUUGAGCCAUGGCUGGUUGGAUUGUACUAUUAGAGUUAUGUUUGUAUAGCUCAAACUCAUCCACAAUCAAACCCUUUCAAAAAUUAGAGGGAAGGGGACAAAAAUUG